AUGCAGCGGGGCGGGAACGGCACCGGGAGAGCCGGCAGCGGCACCGGGAACAGCGGGAAUAACUCCGGGAAUAACGGCGGGAAUGCCCGGUGUCUCAGCCGCUCCCGGGAGCUGCUGGAAGCCGCCAACGCCGCCCCGCAGCGGCUGAAGGAAUCCAACACCCUGGGAUUUGAGUGCACCCUUGAGGAGGUGGAUCUGCAGGACAUCACUGAGAGCCAGAUGAACACCCUCAGAGCCUGCACAGCUGAGGAUCCAGGGCCUGGAAAUUGCCCCACCCUGGAAAAAUCAACUUUGGAUGAGGGAAAAUGCCUGCAGGGCAUCUCUGAGGACGUGAGAGCCUACAGGGCACAGCUGAGGACCCUCCCCGACCCCCAGCUGCUGGCAGCUCUCGAUGGGAUGAUGGAGGCCCUGGGCAGCAGCACCGGGUGGGUUCCGGAGGCGCCGCUGGGAUCAUCGGGAUCACCGGGAUCAUCAGGAUCAUCGGGAUCACCGGGAUCACCGGGAUCAUCGGGAUUGGGAUCAUCAGCAUCGGGAUCGUUGGGAUCAUCAGGAUUGGGAUCAUCGGGAUCAUCGGCAUCGGGAUCGUUGGGAUCAUCAGGAUUGGGACCAUUGGGACUGGGAUCAUCGGCAUCGGGAUCAUUGGGAUUGGAAUCAUCGGGAUUGGGAUCAUUGGGAUCAGGACCAUCGGGACCAUCGGGAUCAUUGGGAUUCCCAGGACUGGGAUGGGCGCCGUUCCCGGAGCGGCUGCGGCUCUGCGGGGUCCUGCAGGCUCUGCGCGUCCGCAGCAUCACCAUCUGCAGGGUGCUGAGCUUCCUCAGCUCCCCCUGA